CAGAGCAGUGUGAAGGAGUAGAGAAAAAAAUCACAGUUUUGAAUGACAUCCAAACCAAUAUAUAAUAUAGUACUUGUACAACAUGUGGAGUAUUGUACUUUAAACAUGUUUGUGUGUAGAGGGGUGGCCACCCAGACCUACUAAUAUAGAGAUGUGCAGAGCGGAUACUUUGGUAGUGAGGUUAGGUCGGUGUAAUCAUUGUGCCGAUCAAGUGUGGAUUAUGUGUGGAUCAGGGAUUUAAGUGUUAUGAAAGUCUGAUGAUGAAAUUCACCAUGCGAAGGAACAAGACUUGGGGGAGCAGUCGUGUAUUAAGUGAAAUGGACCCCGCCCCAGCGCAGGUGCAGGACUGGUGUCUUGUGGAUGGGGAAGGGGAACGCUACAAACUGCCAAAAACCAUGCUGUUUAUGGGCCGAGAGGAAUGUGAUAUUGUCGUCAGGUCAGAGACUGUUGAUAAGCGCCACGCUGUGAUAACAUUUGAUCAUUACCUGAACAAGUUCAAAAUCAAAGAUCUCACAACAGCCAAUGGGACGUACGUGAAUGACCAACAAAUCCAUGACCAGGAGUAUGUUACUUUGGAACACAUGGAUUCUGUACGCCUAGGACAGGAUUCCAUGUUGUACCACAUGGAGGAGGUAAGAGAGGGGGAGGAGCAGCAGGCCCCAGAACAGGACACUGCCCAAACCGCGACCAACAUGCCAUCCUGGGCCACCAAGGAACUCCCACCCAUGGCCAUGGCUGAGUGUCAGGGGUGCAUUGCUGAGCAACGUAUUGCCCACACUUGUACUGUUCAGGGUGACCAAUCGGAUAUGAUAAACUACAGCCCCAAUCACUCUGUGAUUCACCCAGACCAAUCAGACUCUAUGCAUUAUACUCAUCAUCAGCUUGUGGUACACAACAACCAAUCAGAAGCCAUGCAUUACAGCCCUCAUCAUCAUAUGAUACAGACAGACCAAUCAGAAGCCAUGACUUUUAUCCCUCAUCCUCAUAUGAUUGAUACUGAUCAAACACAUUAUAACCCUCAACAUGUGAUGGACCAAUCAAAUUAUGGUGGCCAUCACCACCACCACCAACACCACCAGCAAAUGUACCAGGACAGUCACAAUUCUCACUAUGAUAACGUGGAGACAUACCAAGAACCACAAAACUCAUCUAAACAGUCUGACAAGGAUCUGGGAUGUAAUACGUGGCCGCGCAAAAGGAUGCGAAAUGUGAAAAACAUAGCUACUUUCUUUACGGAGGAGUUGACCAAUGGAACGAGUCAAGAUGACCAUUCACACAGAAUACUACGAGGGGAGAGUACUCAAAGAGAAAAUCUGCCACCUGAGUUGGAAACUGUAAAGAAGGCUACACCAUUGUAUGGCCAGCCAGACUGGUGGGGUGAAGAUGCUGACCCUAAUGACAACACUGAAGAUGCUCAAAUGAGUGUAGACAAUAAGAUUCACCAACAGUAUGUCACCAACACACUAAACAACUCAAGCCAAAUGGAGCCUGCUCAGGAAAGAGGAAGUCUUGACACAAGUCCCCUGGAUCCCAGAGAUGUCCCUACUUCGAAAUCCCAUGAUCCUGGAGGAGGGGGUCCAGUAUCUGAGGAGAACCAUGAUAAGGGAGACAACCCUUUACUCAGGCGACCCUCGGACAGCUCAGGGGGCCCUAGCAUGUCUUUUACUGUUGACUUUGAUGAAGACGUCAGAAAAAUGAAUUCCUCAGGAAAACUCAGUGAUUUCGUGCCAUCUAAAAUGAGAAGGAGCUUUAGAGAGAGGAAAGAGAAUUUAGCUAAAGCCAAAGAUGCUAAUUCACCUGAAAAGUCAGCAUCUUGUUCUGUUGCUAAAGACACCCCAUCUGACAAGGGAAGUAAAUCUGUCUCUAAGGAAGGAACACCAGAGAAAGAAGAUCCACCAGAGAAAAUAGAAGUUGAGGAAAUCGCAUCUAAAAGGCAAAAGAAAGUAGAAGCAGAAAUGACACCACCGAGACGACGGAGGAAAGUAGAAAGUGAAGAGAUAACUCCGCGUAGACAAAAGAAAAUUGAUGAAAUAUGGGAGUCUGACUCCUCAUCGUCUACUAAAGGGAGAAGGUCAACAGAGAUGAAGAAGUCAAGUAGAUCAUCACAGGAAAGUGACAAGGUCACAGUUAGCACAAGGUCAACAAGAUCAGUCUCUACAGAUAAGGUCAGCACAAGGUCAUCAAGGUCAAUGGACACAGACAAGGUAACAACUAGGUCGUCAAGGUCAAUGCACCCAGAAAAAGUCACCACAAGCUCACCAAGGUCAGUCGACAUGGAUAAGGUCACCACAAGAUCCACAAAGUCACAGGAUAAAGAAAAAGUGACUGCAGUCUCAGCCAGAGGUACCAAGACAUACAUCAAAAGAAAGGUAACAGCAGAUCCCAAAAAGUCAGUGAAAUCUUCACAGUGUAAAGAGGAGGACCAGAUAGCUGCUGCAGCCGUGCUCAAAAUGACAGAAAGUGCCUCAUAUCUCAUAGACAAAAUGUUUGAAAGUAGUUCUUCUAAACAGGGGUCAAAACCAAAAUCCAAAACUGUGUCAGACAGAUUCACAGAACAUGCCAUGUAUCGUGAGGCUAAAGAAUAUGACAAUGGAAAAUCCAAACUCACCCUGAACAUGGAAAACUCUGCUCCACUCCUUGACUUGCUGACUCCGACUAAGGAAGGGAGUGAGAAGGAGGUGAAGGAGGUGGACGAGGCGGUGGACAAUAUCAGUGAGGCUGGGACGUACACCAUUGAGUGUGAAGAUAAUGAUGAGGAGGAACAGCAGGCACGACAUAGCAUAGAUGCAGUGUUUGGAGUGUCCAAUGAUGCUGACAUCAUGUCACAGAGUCUCGUCAUCAACGAUGAGGGCAGUAAACGUCUCGACGACCUCAGAAUUGAUGAACCACUGGAGGACAAGUUUGCUAAAGGGGAGAUAACUUUAGCAGACCUGGAGAAGGAGAUUGAGAGGCUAGAGAGGAGAAAAACAGAGGUGUCUGUAUCCAGUUCCCUAGAGGGAGAAGGAGGCAGCUCUGCUUUACAGGAACUCAGAAUCAUUGAAGAUAAUGAGAACCCUAGCACCACCCUACCAAGCGACGCCCCAGCCUGGGUGACACAAUGGGCUGCACUGACCAAUCAGAAGUCCCGAUCUAAAUCAUCCAAUAUGGAAGCUUCCAGUCCAAGCUCAGUUCACAGCCACUCCUCAGAUAAAGAUGAGAAAUCUUUCAAGAAGUCAGCCCAUGGUCUUAGACGUAGGGGGACAGGACGGAAACUUCCCAGUAUCCCAGGGGAAUCAAGUAAGGCAAGUCCUUCCAGCAGUGAACACAGUUCUAGGGUUAGUGAGACUACAGGAAGCCCCAGUAUACUUACCCCUCGCUAUAGUGAUGGUGUCUUCUUGGAAAACGGCAAACCAAAGGCCGUUACGAUCUCUAGUCAGGUAGUGUCAAAAUACAAUGACACAGACACUGAAUCAGUGUCACGGACAAAGUUCAGCAGUGACACAGAGAGUGUGGCUACGAGUGCUCUCACUAGUGUGACAAAAUCAGAUAUAGACAAUGAACGACCUAGCAGGAGUUCAAGGUCAGUGUCUAUAGAGAGUGAUAGGACAACACAUAGUUCAAGGUCAGCACGGAGUACUGGCAGUAUGGAUACAGAGCUUCUCUUGCGCGACACAGAAACUGUAAUGGCUGCCAUGGAGGCACGAAUGGGCUCAAAGUCAAACAACAAACCUAAAGAACCCCCACAUUUAAACGGGGCUAAUAAUUCCUUCUCAGAUAAUGAAAGUAUGGUUGCUAUGGUGAAUGGAGAUGACCAAUAUGUAAAACCAACAAACUUUAGUAGUCCCAGACAAAGUUUAGCCAAGGUGCGCUCAACAACAGGCCAAGUAAAAACCAAGCCGACUCUGAUUCGGACCAACUCUGCUACAGCCCGACUGAACGCCUUCAGAGAAAACACUAAACGCCACAGUUCUGGGGAUGUGUCGACUGUUGUGUCUGAUGUCCUCAGUGAAACCCCAACAGAAACAGAGCCCAGUGAGGGCAGCUUUAGUAGGUCUAACUCCAAAGGCAAGGGCAAAAUGACAAUGACACGCCCCAAUAGGGCAUUCGAGUUACGACGUGCCCGGGCUGAAGCUGAAGAACCCACCACACCUGGAUCAUCUGUAAGCUCAGUAUCCGAUACUUCAUCAAGGGGAACUACCUCUAUGACCAGCACUUCUCGACCUUCCUCUUCAAAGUCACGUGUACAUGCUGAUAAGACAAAUGAUUCUGCUCGCAGUGAUCUGAGUCUUGGAGGACAAAUUGUGGCACGAAGUCGUAACAAUAACACACGCUCUACCAGUGACUUGUUACGACGUGAUGGAGGUAGACACAGCUUACGACUCAACAGGACUAACUCUAGCAGUGACCCAGUGUCUUCUUUGGGAACUGAUAUACGCAAGACUGAUAUAAAAUCAAUCAAAGCCAGGUUAAAAAACUCCACUUAUGGAACAGCAGGCUUAUCUGUGACUGGGGUGAACAGUUCCAGCAGAAGUAGCACUAACUCUCAAACUAGUAAUAGUCACUCCAACUCGCCCAAGUCAGCAGAGAAAGCGGCUUGGAGACGUAGGAAGGAAUAUGAUCCAAGAAAGGCUGUGGCAAAUGCUGCUAAGACAAAAUCACAGGACAGAAAAACAAAAGGUGAUGAAAUACGAAUUCUUGCAUCUAAAAAUUCCAAAAUGACACGUUCUGCUUCAUUUACGAACACAGCUGAACUAAGGAGGUACAGGAGGGAUAACUCAUCAUUGUCAAGUACUGAUGAAAUUAGCACUUGUGCAAACAGUGAAGUUGACUCUUCUUUUGUGGAUUCGAGUUCCCAGCGAGGGUUUAUCCCCUACUCGGGGAGGUCACAGUCAAGUCGUCUUUACCAAAGCUCCGAAGAUGAGGAAAUGAGUCUGAUGGUGAAAUCUUCACAGGACCUGAGUCGGUGUUUGCUGGGCAGUUUACCAUACAUGUCAGCCUUCACCCCACCACCCCCCAAAUUGAUGUCUCCCUCUUCCCCACCCUCACUCCUACCUCUCUCCCUAUUUAAACCCCGCCCCUGUGUGGACAACCCCCGCCCGAACAAUCACACUUCCCUUUCCAGGAAAUACUCAGAACCCACAAUACCUGUCAUCCAGUCCUAUGACAACAUCCUCGUGUCCUCCAUCUACCAGCUGUCACUUAAGCUCAAAUCGUCAACGGACAAGUCACUGAAGAAACUCAAGGACCACGAGAGGAUAGAGAAUGGCACUGCAGUCUCCCCAAUGGAGGAGGUGUUUGACCAGGCCAGCAAUGUGUCAGGGGACAUGCCUGGCUGGAACUCAGCCAAUCAGGAACUGGCAGGAAUCCUCAACAACCUCAGGAAGAUAGAACACCAUGUCCAUAUAAUGAAUAAGGUGCUGUUUCCGGAUGAGGAGUCUGACUCGGACACACCAAGGAUGACCGGACGGGAGAAACAGGAGUAUCUCCAGGAGAUAGAGAGGAUCAGAGGGGAGCUGGCAGGGUUCCAACCCAUAUCCACUCCUGAGGAGGCCUGGAAACUAAGGGAUGGGGAUGAAUCCAUUGAGUCUGAUUGUGAGGAACUUGGUGUCCCAGAAGAAUUCUUCUAGCUAAUUCUCUUCUCACUAGAAAUACUCUAACUACCAUGGCACAGGACUUCUUCAACUAAUUAGAGAAAAACCAAUAUUGUGAUCUUUUGUCCAGUCAAAGGAUAUGAGUAUUAUUUCGAGUAUAAUCUGUUAAUCCUCAUUGAAAUUCUUCUAACCAAUCUGUAGAGACAGUUAAUUAAUCACAACUGAGAGUUUCGAAAUUACAUCAAAGAAGAAUUGUUUUGAUUGGACAAUAAAGAUGUUACAAUGCCAUGCAUAUAAAUGCAUUUUUGUGGAAAAUGUGAUUACAGGACUGUGUGGUACGAAUAUUUUUUAUCACAAACUGCCAUAUAUGUGAUAUGUUUUAAUUUUGUAUCAGUCCAAGUGUAGGCCUUAGUUUAACAUUGACAACACUUGACCAGUUUAAUGGUUUUACCAAUUACAUUUGAGUCUGUAGGCCUCACUAAACUGAUUUAUACAAUUGUAGCCUUUUGAUAAGUUAAUACAUGGUUUUAUUAACCCGAGAAAGAAUGUCAGGACAAAGUUGUCUUUUUGUCGGCUUCACCAGACAAUACUUGACCAGGUUGGUGGUACAGAUGUUUAUCAGGGGUGCCCAUAUAUGGUUAUGUGUAGGCCUCACCAGACAAUACUUGACCAGGUUGGUGGUACAGAUGUUUAUCAGGGGUGCCCAUAUAUGGUAGGCCAGACAACACUAGACCAGGUCAGUGGUAUAGAUGUUUACCAGUGGUACAUCUCACUUUGUUAAUGAUCUCUGUUACAGACCAAAAGCUCCCAGGCUUCCAUGUAUGUUAAUGUUGCCGCCUAAUAAGGGCAUGUGUUCAUUAGAGUGAGAAUUAGUGCUUAAAAAGCUCAAACUGUCCAACUGAUUAGGAUCAUGCUAGGCAUGAUUUGGCAUUAGUUUUAAUUUCUGUUUGUUUAUAUCAAUCAAUAUUCAUGUCAUUGAAUAUUCUAUGUAAUAGUGAACAUUCAUGAGUUAUGAAUAUUCAGUUUUUAUGAAUAUUUAUGCAUUGUUAUUUGUACACAUGUAUAUUCAUGAGUUCUAUGUACAAGUUCCCAGACUUGUACUUUAUAGGUACUGCGUGUUGUACCGUUUUCUGUGAUAUGACUUCCAUUGCGGAGAGUGCUUUUACAUGCUUAGAGUUGUGAAUGUGUGUCUGAGGUGAAUGAGUUGCUCCAUCUAUUGUUCCACAUCAGACGCUAGUCAGUAAUCAAAGUAUAUAUAUACCAAGUAUUCCUAAAGCCUUAUAACAUAACAUGUAAGUCGGAUACAUAAGGAAAUGAUACAGAAUCUGUUCAUUUUUAUAUAGCAACUAUUGAGAAAUCUCAAAAGUUUUACAGGUUUUUUUUUUAUUUUUUAAACUUCAGUUUCCAGGCCUUUUUGCUUUGUGACAACUACUAACAUAAUUUCCACAUUUAUUUAACAAUUCCAUCAGCGAUAGAGGAUAGUAAUUCCAUAUCCCUUGCUUGGGUUAGAGUUUAAAAUAAAUAUUGCCAACCAUAAGUAUCAUGUUUGAAAUGUGUUAAUUCCAUCUUGUUGUUUGGGAGACUGAUGUAUAUGAUGUUUUGGGAUUACAAACUUUGCCUUGUGUACAACCACAGGUCUUCCUUCAACAGUUACAAGACUGUAGUGCCUAGGAUUCACUAUCCCCUCUAAGUGCCAAGUAAUAAUCUUAUUGUAUCUAAUUUUUGUAUUUCAUCCUGUAUAAUCGUUCCAUUAGAUUGGGAGUAAUAUAUUGCAUUGACAUUUUCCAUGUCAGACUUAUUCACCGAGUGUAGAAACAAGAAAUAGUACCUUACAAGUAGUGUAGAAUGUAGAGCAAUUCCAUCAGAAUCGGUUUGAUAUUUUAACAUAGUACAAAUCAAAACUAGCUGUAUUUUUAUCAAACAUGUUUAGGCUAUCAACACUCGAUCCACUUGUGAUCCUUUUACUAAAGCAGACUGCCAGUAACUUAUUUUAAAAGCCAUAUUUUUUGCAUAUGUUGUCAUGGGAACAGCUUAACAUUUUGGACAUCUCCCUGGAUAUUGAGGCUGCGAUGCAGAAAAAUUCCAGUGUGGUAUAAUACUUGAUUUGGAAGGGAGGUAACUCCAGUAACUGCAGUUUGGUAUUUGAAUAUGAAAUUAACAUGUAUCCUCUAAUAUUUUUGGCAUACAGUAAAGUGUAAUUUGCAAAUUCUAACUAGUUCAACUAGAAAUAAAAUGCUUCAUUUGCGUAUAUUUUAUCUUAUCAGUAUUUAUGAAAAUAGAUGGUUAUAAAGAGAAGCUUGGAUGAACAUGAACGUCCCAAAAAAUGUAGUAAAAAGUUGAGACCCACAGGGUCAUGGCUGUUUGUGGUCGCAGGGUAACUUGUGACCUGGAUGUUUGUGUGUUAGUGAACAAUGACUGUGAUAUGUUUUGCUUCAGUGUAAGUCUCGUUCCAGAGUUAAUGUUGGAUAUUAUAUAUAUUAUGCCUGUUAUUACACGGGAUGUUUAGUGUUAGUGAGGCAGUAUUUACAGGCUAUCCACUGUCAUGGCUGGAUGUAACAUCUAACCACAUGUUUCGUCAUUUCCCAGGUGGGGAAUCACAGCUUAUGUCCUAUCGUAACAGAGGAAUUCUGAUAUGGUCCCUAUUAAAUGAAUUCCAAUCUGUUAUACUUAAGUUCUGAGCUUAGUUUAACCAGUUUUGCUAGUACAUAUGUGUUGAUGUUUCUUGUAUAUCAAGAAAACCACAUCACAGAUCAAUAAAACACCAUUUACCAAAUACCUGUAUGUUUUGUGAGGAUCUCAUGAUCAACGUCCAAUUUUCUGGUAAAAAUAUCAAAAUAACAUAAGAUCCAGAGCAAAAAGUUUUCUUUAAAUAUUUGGAAUUGAUAAUUGGUGAAAAAAAUAUUAAGAUUUCUUAUUAUCGGUAUACUGAUUUAAAGAUAAGAUUGUUUUAGAAGUAUGCUGCAGCAAUUUAUAGAUAAGUAUGAAGUGCAUAACCACUCUUAACACUAACUUCACUCAGUACUUGGUUACCUACAGAUCUGAGUCAUGUGUACAGUGGUAAAAACAGUGCACAUUUGAUGAAUAGUUAAAAUACUGUACACAACUGGUAUAAAGUACAAUGUAUGUACGUCAUAGGUGUUACAAACUUUCUCUUGUUGUUUCGUCAUGUGAAUAGUGUAAAUGGCCAACUUUAACAAACUUUACAAAAGCAAUAUAUUCUAUAUCCAUUGUGCUUAGAGUUUUACUAAUUCAGCUUGUUAACGAUAAUGUAUGACUUAGUUGCAUAUGAACAAAUUCCUUCUCAAUUGAUAUAUUAUUUAUUAUAAAAUAAAACAAAAACGCUACUAUUUAA